GCACGAAAUCAAUUUAACAAACAAGCGCCUCGAUGAUCUGAUAAACACUAAGGUUAAUUUUUAGUAUACAAACGAGCGAAUUUAAUAUAUUUUAUUUCAUUCAAUUUACUUAUUAGAUGCUAAAUGUAGUCCUUGGUGUUCUGAACGCGUUAGCAGCGAUGACGGCGUCCAAAUACUUCAUAGGGGCCGUUGGGGCUGCGGGAAUGGCCGUUCUGGUUUGUAACCUCGCUCCCUGGUUCGUGCCAAAGGCUCAGCCAGCAACUUUAGGAUAUCUUGCAGCAGCUAAACUUCAGACACUUGAUGAAAAGAAAACAAAUUUUACGGCCAGUGAUCUGUGGAAGACAAACGGAGCAGUCAUUAUGGCCGUUAGAAGACCAGGGUGACAUAUGUGUAGGGCGGAGGCCCAAGGACUUUCAACUCUAUUGCCAGAGAUGGAGGCUCGAGGCGUCCGCCUACAUGCAGUGGUCCACCAGAGAUUUGGUGCCAGUGAAUUUAAACCUUUUCUCCAAGGAGGAGAGGUUUAUUUGGAUCUUGAGCGCAAGUUUUAUGGGCCACAAGAAAGAUGGAUGAAUAUUCCUGGCAUUUUCAACUUUGAAUCACUUGCAAUAGCGAUCAAAGACAGUCUCAAUGGAACACCAGGAAACCUGGAAGGUGAAGGGAGAUUACUAGGAGGAUUAUUUGUGAUUGGACCAGGUGAGCAAGGAAUAAUUUUUCAACAUCAUGAGUAUCCAAUUGGUAAUCGUGCUGACAUCGAACGUGUGCGAGAAGCGAUCCAGAAAGUGAAUCAUCCAACUCAGUAGUCAAUGCUCGCAAACAAGAUAUGACCUUUAUGUUCUCGAUCAACUGUAGCUUCUGUAUCGUGUACACAUUUUUGUGUAGAAUACUGCAUACUUGUCCCCAGUGAACUAAAGACUUUUAUAUAAUUUCAGUAUGCAUAAUAUUGGAGUAGUUAUUUUUGCUUAUUGCUCAGUUUGUAGAGCAAAUAAACAAUUGAAGUUAUUUUAGAUGACAUAUUGUCGAGAAUUUCUCAACUGUCAAAUUAUGCUCUGUGUUUGAAUAAUUUUUAAGCUCACCUAAUCACAAAAUGCUCAUGGCGAGUUAUUUGGAUACUUUGAUUUCAGUCGUUGCCUGUGUUUAAGUCUGUCAACUUUUUCUUCAUGGGUCAAAAUUUUAGGACACUUAACAGGAAUGAAACCUAACAAAUCUAGGUUAGCUUAACAAGUAUUAUACCACUAGACCAUUCGCUAUCCAAUAGCAUACAUCAAGAAAACAUUGCUGUAUUAAAAACACUGCUAUAUACUUAUUAUUACAAUUAUUUACACAAAGAACGUCAUCACUUAAGCUAUCACUUAAGCUUAUCAGGGAUAUAAAUAACACAUUAAACCACUUUAAAAUUAUUCAUGUUUUGACAGUUGAGAUAAAAGGACUAUAAUUUCUUUACCAUACACAUACGCUCAACCAUUCAGUAUUUUCAUUAUGAUGUAUGAUAUAAAGGUAACAUGUAUGACAGUGUAUAAAGUUGAAUCAUGUAUGUAAUUGUUGUGAAAUUGUAUUGUUUUAUAUUUAUUUUCUUCAGAAACUAUUUCCUUCUGAUAUGAUGACGUCUUAGAUUUAAACCCACUUUCUUUGAUUGAUGGAAAUUCACUGUGAAAUUGUUUCUGAAGAAUACCAUAUGAACAAUAUUUGUGAAGAUUAAAAAAUAUUGUACAGUC